GAGAGCGACUUCCACAUUAAAAACAACGGCAGCUCGACCACUUGUCAGGGAUGCGAUGCUGUAGACGGACACUGGUCGGGGGUCGCAGUCGAUAAUAUCCGGAGGAUGAUGGAGUGUCGGGGACUUCUGCCUCUUAUAGCCGCCGCUUGUUUCAUAGGACUGGUGGGAAGCCAAACCACACUUACCCCUGCUGUGGUCAGCACCACUCUCAUCGAGAAUGUGACCAGUCUGACUAUUACUCCCGUGAUUCUCAGCAGCACGACCCCAGGCUGCUCUGCGUUCAACACUUCAACCUGUGAGCCUUGUGCUCCGGGAUCACAAUACGACAAUAACACCCUGCUGUGUGCAUGCUGUUCUGACCCCGGGUUGUGUCUAUUUCCUGGAGCCUGCCUGGCAUGCGCCAGAGGUUUCUAUCAGUCCCUUGCAGGACAGCAGCAGUGUCUGCCCUGCAGCCAGGGCUCCUACACAAAUUUCACUGGAAGUCCAUUAUGUCACCCCUGCCCUGCUGGAUCCUUCAACAACAAUAGUGGUGCAGACAGCUGCACAAGUUGUUCACCAGGUUUCUUUUCAUCACAACUAAGUUCCACUAUGUGCGCACCAUGUUCAAGAGGAAGUUUUUGCAAUUCCUCUGGUUGCUCACAUUGCCAGAUGUGUCCUGUAGGAACAGAGGCUCUACAGAACGCUGCUAAAGACUGCACACAGUGUCGGCCAGGCAUGCACAAGGCUUCCCAUCAAACUAUGUGUCAGAUCUGCGGCAGUGGCUUCUAUCAGAUCCACUGGGGCCAGGAAAGCUGUGACGUCUGCCCAGAGAAUCACUACUGCCCUGUGAGUGCUGCAGCCUCGACAUUCUGCACUCUGCAGCCUCUACAAUGUGCACCCACCACAUACUGCAGUCUCCAAACUCUGCACCCUCCACCCUCUGAUCCAUCUACAUUUGUGUUUGAGAGAUGUCCUGCAUGUUUGUCCCUCAUAUCAUUUUUUCAGAGUCCAGAUGUGAACCCCAUUCUGUGUCCCAACGAUGCCUUUUGUCCAGCGGGCAGUUUGGCUCCAGGCUACUGCAUGGAGACCUUCUUCCGCAAAGCAGGGGAUGUUUGUGAGCUGGCUCCUGUCACUAUUGCUCUGUUAGUUAUUGGAGGUGGAGUGGCGCUGCUCUUCAUCAUUUUAAUGAUUCUGCGUCGACGGAGAGACACUGACGGAGAACUGACUGUUGCUCGAGCUCCACUGUUAUGCAAAGAGCGGCCUCAAGGUCGAUACUACGGCAUCCCCUGUGAUGCAGAACCUGUGUAUGCUGGCUGGUGACCCAAAGGACCUUAGUGUUUAUAUAGGAACGUGCUCUGAGGCACAACAAACUGAAGUCGGUUUUUCCAUGUUGGUCUCCACUAAAGACAAAGACCAGAUAGAGGAAGACUGACGGGGAAAUCCCUGGACGGUGCCUGAGUGCUUCGACAACCCACCAGCUUUUUGUAUGUUCUACAUUUUAAUAUAUUACUGAGAAACAGAAGUUUUGUGAAUUCUUGCAGUUUGACACUAUUGCAGUGGUUGUCUCUCAGAGAUGAACACUUUCCUUUUGUAAAGUAGGUUAUUGGAUUAUAAGAGGUAUGCUGGAACGGUGAAAAUGACAUGCGUGCCUCCACUUGGUGGGAAUGUCUCCCUCUUAGGAAAGCACUUUUUUCAUGAAGGUAAUUGAUUUAUUUUGCACUCGUGUUGGCGGACUUGCGGGUGCCUCCGUUACUUUGUGUAGUUCCUCAGUGACAACGAUAUGUAAAAGUGUGGUUGGGGCCUUGUGUGUUUUUUAAUGCGUUUGAUUUCAGUACGUCAUGUGUCUGUAUUUUCACUGAUAUCUUUGCUUAAAAUUUUCAUCUGCUUUUUUAAGAUUAUAUUUGUAUGUUUUAAAAGAAAAUA